CCCGCAUCUUUCUGCGCUCGCAGCCGCCCAUCGGUUCUGGAUGAGAGCGAUUAAAGUUGCCCUUCAGGCGGCAUUACAUCACCUCCCGCCCGGACCGGAACGAUACGGUUAAUUAUUUACUCAGUGUGCACGCUUUUAAAAAUGCCUGACACAACAAAUGUCCGGUUUUAACGGCUUUCGCUGACAGGAUAAAGAGAAGAAAAGGUGGCUGGCGUGACUGGCUGGCACCCAUUGUGUCGGGGAUUUGAAGCGGCGCGAGAUGCCAUGGCAGCGGCGGAUGCAGCAGCAGCUAACGGGCCGGAGCCGCCCGGUCUCCCGGUACCCAAGGCGUUUCCCUACGAGGAAUACCAGUGCAAAAUCUGCUACAACUUUUUCGACCUCGACCGUCGGGCGCCUAAGAUCUUGGAGUGUCUGCACACGUUUUGCGAGGAGUGUCUGCACGCGCUGCAGCUGUGCGAGGAGCGGCCGUGGCGCAUCAGCUGCCCCGUGUGCCGCCACCGCACGCCCGUACCGGACAACCGGAUCCAGAACCUGCCGAACAACACCAAGGUCACGGAAGACUUCCCUGUGUACAUCGACUCAAACCCCGUGCCUCAGGAUGCUCUUCCGUCCCACCGGCCUCCGCUGCAUCCGGCGCUCGUGGCGCUCCGGCGCGAGGAGGACGCGUCUGUGGCGUCCAUGGCUGGGCACGCGACGCCGUCCACUACGACGGUGUCCACCGCGACCACGCUGCCCCAGGAGUCGGUCUCGCGUUACGAGAGCUGCCAAAACUGUUGCUGUCUCGCGCUGACCACCGGAUGCGUGUGCGUCAUUUUCUCUUUACUGUCUAUGCUAGUGCUGCUCUUCAUGGGCCUCAUUUUAGUAUACAGCCACUUCGGGCCGCCCUCGUCCGCGGGACCCCUCUGUCUGUCGGUGGCCAGCAUCCUCGCCAUGGUGUCUGCGGUGGUAACGUGGCUCCUCUACUGGCUCAAAGACCGACCGGAGCACGAGACGGGCCGCUCCUCGGCCACCACUAGCGCGAGCCGGAGAAACGCGUGACAGAAGAUCAGAAGCGUAUGACAAGCCCUUUCAGUAGGCUAUUUAUUUCUUAGUACCGGUUAGUUUCUUUUCGUGUUACUACUAUCAGUAUCUUUAAACGAGUUAGAUGUGCCAGCUAGUAUCUAUCCCAGUAUACUGGGAAUUUUUUUGCUUGUUGCUAGUUUAAAAAUACAUUUCACAAGUUCACAAACAAUUAUAGAGAACGUCAAGUAACACUGAAUUAAACGUGGAAUUUUGAAAGUAUUUUCUUGCAAAACGUGUUUUUGCAACAAUUUUUUACAGCGUAAGUCUAUUAGUAAAAAAUUUAUCUCACAAGUUACAAUUGCAUAUUUGCGUAAUUAUUAUAAACUGAUUUGUUAACGUUACUUUAUGCAUUAAUUAACAAUGAGAAAUACAUUUGUCUAGUGCUCGAAUUGGGUCAAAGCCACCUUCAAAUAUAAAUAAAUAGGCUAUAUUUGUUAUUUUUUAUCGUUGAGAUGAGAAAUGAGAUGCAUUCAGUGAGCACGCGACUCAUCUGAACGCUUCUGAUUGGCGGCUGCAUUCAUAAACUCAACGGAAUUGUAUGUGAUUAGCUAUAAUGCGCAACAAUGUGUAAAAAGAAAUCUGAUGUAACAAGAGCAGGUCUAAUCUUUUACAGCAAUUGACCCCUACCCCCACCCACCAGUUCAAACACUGCAUUUUCACUGCGCAGUAUUUAUUAAAGUUAUCUACUUAAUAAAAAUACAACUUUUCUUUGUGUUCUGCUUGGGGUCUAUUCCGCGGAUAUCAUUGGGAACAAGAUUUGAUUUUAAUUUUUUAUCUGUAAAUGUUGAAAUGGACAUUAACUAAGUUUAAUAAAUGCUUCAGAAGUAAUUUUUUCAUUUGAACUAAUUCUAACAACCGGAACCUUACUGAAAAUGUACAUGAAAUUCACACUGUCUGUUCAGUUAGUACUAGGGAAACUGUAAAAUAUACUUGUAACUCAUUGAAUAGCAAAUUUCAAUAACUAAAGAAGUACUAGUAUCUAAUGAGGAUCUAAUAGAUCACUUAUUGGUAUGGGCCAGUGCUUCCCCACGAGGAGUAUGAGUGCAAAAUCGACUACUGUUUCAAUUAUUUUAGCCCAAAAUCAUGGAGUGCUAACUGCAAGGAGUGUCUGCAUUUGUUGCAGUUAUACAAGGAGAAGCCAUGGCACAUCAGAUAUCCCCAUAUGCCUAACGUACCAGACUACCGGGUACAGAACCUGCCCUACGGCAUCCGCAGCAAUCGGAUACAUGUGCGCCAUCUUCUCCUGUCUGUCCAGUCUUGUGUUUCUCUUCACAGGCCUCAUAUUCACGCACGGCCGCCUGAGGUUUUUCUGCUAGGACACCUGCGUGAGCUUGAGAAGAACUGACUUCAUACAUCCACUCAAAAUCAUCAAAACAUCAGUUGUUUAAAGAUAGUUGCAAAAACAUUCUGGGUAAAACCCCACAGCUGCUAUUUGAUAUUCAGACUUUGGUUGUGGAGCCACUAUAGUGGGGUCCCAAAGUCCAACAAUGAGACCACAAGUGAAAAUGCAUAUAUUUUGUAUUGUUUUAUAAUUUAAUCCAACUUUAUUAUUAAUUAAUUUUAAAUUAAUGCAUUUGGCAGAUACUUUGUUCCUAAACAAUUUACAUUGCAUUUAAGCUAUACAUUUUAUUAAUUCCUCCAUUCCCUAGGAAUCCCUAGGAAUGGCAUGUGCAAAGUUUAAUUGAAAAACUGCUCAGUGUCACAAAUUUGCAUGCUGACUUAGUACUUCUUUCAUAGUUUAUGUCAUGACCUUCUUCUUCUUCUUCUUCUUAUUUUGUUUUAUCCAAAUAAUUCGGUUUAUAUCCAGGUUUAAAUAAUAAAAUGUGCUCUCAGACUUUUGGACCCCACUGUAGGCCAACAUAAUACAGUUGUUCAAAUACGUGUUUCAAAUGAGACGUGCACUUAUUUGGCAUUUAAAAUUAAUAUUCACUAAUAAAGUUUGGUGGCUAGGUAAAACACUUAUUUGACACAAUUUAUCAGAUGAUAUUCUCCAAAUUGCUGCUGGGUGUUGUUUUCCUCUCCUUUAUCAUAUUCAAAAAAGAUCUCUUUGUUCUCAUGGAUCAAUAGCUUUAUUAGGGAAACUGCACAUUUGAUACCCCCUCUGUUCUCCACUUCACCUAUGCAUCUAUCACGGUAAAACCGUGUCGUUUGACAACUAACUUACAAUCUCUUUUUGCUAUCGUCUGUGUGUGCUUUUAAUGUGCGUAGCAUCACAAUGCAUUGACCUUUGUACUUUACCACCUCGUUCAUCAGAUGUUUGUAUCAUGCAAACCUGUGAUGAGCAGUCCCUGAUGCCCUGCAUGAUGUUAAACAAACACUAGAUACUGAACUGUGCUUGAAAACCAAGGUCAGCCUUCACUGCUUGACGAAAGCUUCCUUGUUAAUCGAAUCAAUACUGCUGAUUUCUACAUUAAGCAAUAGCAAAUCAGUCAUUUAUUAAGGGUAUUUGAUAUGAUGUUUCAUGUAAAAAUUGUUGGUUGAAAUCUAUACACGCCGUAUUCAGAUCUACGUUAAAGGCAUAUUCAUAUUUAAUGUUGCACAACAAAAUUUUGUGGGCGAAUUCCAGUCAUUCAAAUAGACAUAGGAAAAGUUGGCCGCUGCUUGCUAUAAAAGUGACUUAUGUGCAAGCUGUGCAUUAUAAAUCUGAGAAUGGACUAUUUUUGUCCAUGAAAUUUCACUAAUGUGUGUGCAUAGCGGGUGAAGCAAGCAGGAAUCUGACACCUGAGGAGCAGCUAGAGUUUUACUGUGUCCUUGCAGUGACAGGAUGCAGUCAUAGAGAAACCAAUGAUAAAGACUCACACACUGGGACCGCCGCCAAGACGUGCUUUCGAGUGUUUACUGACCCACUUAUGAUAUUCUGCAUCUCUCCUAUAGGCCAUUUGUCUUGGUGUCACAAACUGAAAUAUUCAUCCAGCUAACUAUAGCUUGUUAACCUGAGUGCAAAACACAUUCUAACUAACCCGCUUUGGCAUUAUACUGAAUAUAACGUCUAGCUGUUUGUUUAGAGUUAAUGGUUUGAUGACAACGAUUAAAGGAAACUUUAUGGCCUAAAUUUCCUUCCACUAGGGUAAAGGUGAUUUCUUUAGAAUGGUAAACAUACUUGAUCAUUCUCUUAAAGGGAUAGUUCAUCACCCUCAUGUUAUUCCUGAAUCCACUUGUUUAAUCUGUGGAACUCAAAAGGAGAAAUAUUAAAACCUCAUGCUCUAAAUAGGACAAGAGUAAACAUGAGGGUGUUUAAAUCAUUUUCAAUCACUACUUCUUUAAAUGAGCUCUUAUGUGCCUUUACUUUUUAUUUAUUGGUUUAUUUAUUAAAGGAAUGGAAUUUCUGAAUAGGAAUUAACAAGUGAAGUUUAUAUAAGCUUACUAUUUGAUAAGUUGUAGGCAGAUGUGAUGGCUCAAUCCAGGUCUGCCCUCUUCUGGUGGACUUCUAGUGAUGCAGUCAGUUGUGUGUAGUCAUGGUUUUGAUUAGGUUUUUGUAAGGAAGGUUUUACAAAGUGAAUUAUUGCAGCAGUGAUUUAUACACGCUAAGGUUAUUUUCAUGAGUGUUAGGGAUGUAAACAGUCAUUGUCUGCGGCUAUCGUGCUGUACAAAGCAACAUUUGUAAAGAAAGUAGUGUAGUGUGCAUUGCAAUAGUGUUUUAGUCACCAGCUUCACAGCUCCUCCUGCCAUUCUGCUGAGGAAAAUAUGUCAUAAUAGUUUAUACCGUGACCUCAGUUUACUGCCUUUUUGAUCCCCGCUGAAAAGACCAACAACAAGGUUUGGGGUCAGUAAGAUUUUUGUUUGUUUUUAAAAGAAAGAACGCAUUAUAUCAAUCAAAAGUUACAGGAAAGACAUUUAAAAUGUCACAAAAGAUGUCUGUUAUAAAGUAAAUGAUUUAGACGUUUCUAUUCAUCAAAGAAUCCUGAAAGGAUUUCACAAAAAUAAGCAGCAACAAAUUUGAUCACAAACAAAAAUGUUUCUCGAGUAGCAAAUCAGCACAUUAUGAUUUCUGAAGAUCAUGUGACACUGAAGACUGGAGAAAUGAUGCUGGGAAUUCAGCUGCGCAUUAUAUUACAUUUCAACAUUUUACAUUUUAAAAUGCAUUAAAUGCAUUUAAAUAAUAUCAAUUUUAAAAUGCAUCAUAUUUCAUCAAAUAAACAGUGAACAUUAGAGACUUGUUUCAAAAACCUUCAAAAGUCUUACCAACUCCAAAGUUUGAACAGUAGUGUAAACCGCUGGUUAGUCUUGUUGGAAAACGCAGUAUUUCUGUGAAGCUGGUGGACCAAGAAAAUCUUGCUGGUUAAGAAGCCUGGAAGGGACACCAGCAUUCAAAGCUCAAUAUAUGCUGUCUUUUCAACAGGGAUGUGGAUAAGUAGAAGAGAUAAGAUGCUCGUCUUCUGUCCUGGUCCAGAUGUUUCAUAGGCUAGAUGUGAGCCUGAAAAGGAAACAAAAACAGUCUGUUGUGAACUUAGUCUUGCUGACUCACAAAAUCAAGGACCAAACUGUAAAGAACGAAACUGGUGAUCAAACUGUUGACAUCAAGUGAAACUGAUAUUUCUGUACCAUUCAGUGUGAUCUCUCCUCAUUCUCAUGGUACUGCUUUCACUGUGACUGUCUGGACAGUCAAGCCUGAUGUGUGCACAUCUGUUUAUAUAUCUGUGUCUCCCGCACACACUGACCCAGUGACUGCACGGCACUUACCUGAACCCUGUGUUACUGCCUGGGAUGACUAUACUUCCCUUAAUGCACUCCAGCCCUCUUAGUAACACACAGCCCUUAUAUACUCUGUAAUGUGUUUAUUAGAAAUUAGGAUAUUAAUGUGUGUUUUUACUAUCAUGUCUCAAUAAUUGUCGUGGAACCUAUUUGAAUUGUAUUUGCACAUUGAAAUUGUUCUGUUUACAUACAAGAACACACUCUUGGUUGGGUAAUAAAUGAGAAAAAUGAAGAAAA